UUCACAUGCUUAAAAAUGUAUAUAAAUUCCAACCUGAUUAUAUGAGCUGAAAAUACUCUGUUACCUCGCUUGGAGAAAAACAAAGCUUCAUGUCUGUGCGCUCAGCAGUGACACACCGCUGUUUAUAAGAGCAUGGAGAGAGAAGGUGCUCAGUGACACCGACCGUGCACAGAAACUUUGGACACUGAGCUGUCGUGACACGUUACUGUGGUAUGUGGCGACACAGCCGACCAAUAAGUUACUGUGCAUCGCCUUUUCUGAUCUCUCAGAACAACAAACUUUUUCUGUCAUUAUAAAAUGUGGUCGAUGACAGAAAAUAUUCAGUUAACGUGACCUCUGAUGGAGCAGGUCUAACAUGUACAUGUAUCGAUCCCUGUAAUCAUUCCUCCCGUCAACACUGAGCCUGUGGAGAACGCCUCUUAGUGUGAUCCCAACAGAAGACACGGAGGACAGAGUCCUCUCUGGUGUCUGUGCAAACAUGUGUUCCAAAGUUCAGCUGGAGCUGAUAUGAUGUAGGUGAGGCCUGUUCUGUGUGUGUCACACCCUGGAAGCAUUUAUGUUGUGGAUUUAGUUCUAUCUCUCGGACUGGAUCAGAUCAGGAAGUCCAGACAGGAGGCAUCAUCACAGCUGGAGUGUUGUGUUCAGACUCUGCUGUUGCAUUGUGCAGAUUCAGUCUCCAAAACAAAAAAAAAUACUCUCUAACUUUUUGAUAUCAUCAGUCUCUGAUGAUGUUCAAUCUGGGAGUUAUCUUGUGAUUAAGUACUGCAAUUUACUUUUUGGCUUUCCCCUCAGCUUGCCUCAGCUACUCCUACUCCUCGUCAGUGAUUUCCCAGAAUGACUUUCAACAAUCUCCAGAGGUGGAAGUUCUCUAUAACAUAUACAGUCUGUGUAGGUGGAGAGAGCAACACUUUUUCCAGACGAGGAGAGGGGAGAGAACGAUGCCUUUGUGUGCGCUGCCCUGCUGUUCAAAUUACAAAUAAAAAUAAUCCGUCGGACAGGCUGUUGUAUUUCACACGGCACCGAAGUGGCUGCAUGGCUCUCAGGUCUGCCGGGGUUCAGCCGAUGGAGACAUUAUUUUUCUCUCUGCUUCAGUGGACUCAGCCCUGCACGACUGUUGGAUGGACGACAAAAUGGCAGCUCAAGAUGGAGGCCUUUGCUCCCUUUGGUUCCUCUGUGUUUCUCACCGCUGAGAUGGCUUGUGUGCAACAAGUUAGAACUUCACAGGACACUCAGCUGUUGCCUAAUCAGGUCUUCUCAGAGCAGCAGUCCUUGGUUGUUAUAAAGAAGCUUCUGGCCAUCGCAGUGUCUGGCAUCACCUACCUGCGGGGCCUCUUCCCAGAGAAAGCCUUCGGGAGCAAAUAUGUUGAAGAUCAGAAAGUGAUGAUCCUUAAAGAGGAGCGCAGCUGUCCCGGGGCCAAUCAGAUUGUUCAGUGGAUGCAGGGAUGCUUCGAGGCCAUCGAGAAAAAAUAUCUGCGAGCAGUCAUCAUGUCUCUCUACACUGACCCAGAGAACCCGCAGAAAGUGACCGAGUUUUACCAGUUCAAGAUCAAAUACACACCAAAAGGGGCCAAGAUGGACUUUGAAAGCACCAACAACAACAACAUGUCGACAAUGUCAUGUGGCAACACGAAGAAGGCCAGCAUCCUGCUGGUGAGGAAGCUCUACACUCUAAUGCAGAACCUGGGUCCUCUGCCUGACAACGUGUGCCUCAACAUGAAGCUGGCUUACUAUGACAACGUCACUCCUCAGGACUACCAGCCGUCAGGCUUUAAGGAGGCCGACGGCGACAUCCUGGAGUUUGAGAGGGAGCCAGUCAAGCUCACCAUGGGCGAGGUGCUCACUCCCUUCCACAGUCUGAAGCUGGACAUGGGCACAGAGAGACACCGACUGGAGCAGGUGGAGGAGAGUUCUCAUGUGACUGAGAAGUGGCUUGUGAACAUUGAGGAGGAGAACGUCAUGUCAGAGACUCACGUGACUGACGACGUGUCGAGGCCUGAUGAGAACUCAGACCUGGACAACACUGAGAUCCAGAUGAUCUGCGACGAGAAGAUCGAGAGCUGUGAGGAAGCUACAGAGAUGGACACUCUGGUGAAGAAGACCUCCGACAUUGAAGUGGGACUGAAGAGGACCAGGAGUGGGCGGGUCCUCAGGUCCUCUACGAAGACAGACCUGACCGACAACAAGCCGACGGCUAUGAAGGACAAAGCGGUCUCUCAGUACGACAUCCCCAACAGCCAGGAGACGCCGACCACCUCCGCACCCAAGAAAAGACCGAAAUUCAGCGAGCCCAAAGAACGCUUCUGACCUCACUGCUGACACAGUGAUUCACACUGAUGGGUUUAGAUUUCAGUUCUGAUCACAACAAGUUCUGCAGCUGUUUUCUGAGGGAGUUCUUUAGCGUCCAGUUUGGGGUUGUGAUGUCACAGUUUGUUUGAACGCAGCACAGAUUUAAAAUGUGAACAGGAUUUUCAGGAGUACUGAUGAAUAAAUGUUUUAAUUAACAGUGUUUCAGGUGACUUUAUUUUACUGUUGUUCCCAAAG